AUGGGAGCAAUAGAAGUUUAUAACCUGGAGCUUGAUGCUGAAAAAGUACCUGAGGAAUAUACCGAUGACAAUAUAAGUUUUAGCUCCAAGAGAGACGCUGAAGUGGGAAUUGUGCAGAUCGAUCAAAACAAGAAAGAAAUUGGUUACAUAUCAGCAGCAUUCUUAUGUCUCAAUCGAAUGCUUGGGGCCGGAGUUUUUUCGACUGGAUCAACCAUUUUUGCUCUAUCAGGAUCCGUUGGUACCUCAUUGAUACUAUGGGCUGCUGGUUCGUUAAUUGCUUUUUCUGGAUUACUUGUUUAUAUGGAACUUGGAUCCGCAAUACCUAGAAAUGGUGGAGAAAAGAACUAUCUUGAAUAUAUCUACCGAAAGCCUAAAUUUUUGGUCACAGCUAUGUAUGCCUCUUACGUCUUUUUUUUAGGAUGGGCAGCAGGCAACUCUAUUGUCGUGGGUGAAUACUGGUUAAACGCAGCCGGCAAAGAAAUAACGCAGUGGAACUCUAGGGCAAUUGGAAUAGGUGUUAUUACAUUCGCAUUCUUGAUGAAUGCCAUCAACGUUCGCGCUGGACUCUAUUUGGCAAACCUCUUGGGUGUAUUUAAAAUAGCUAUCGUUUUAUUGAUAACUGUAACUGGCUGGGUUGCUCUUGGAAAUGGAAUCAAAAGUUCCAGUUUUCAGCCUACACAUAAUUUUUCAGGUGCGUUCGAUGGUGAGAAUCCUACAGGUUUUGGGAUAGUAAAUGCAUUGUAUAAUGUCAUUUGGUCGUAUGUUGGUUAUUCUAAUGUCAAUUAUGCGUUAGGUGAAGUUAAAAAUCCAGUGAAGGUCCUUAAAUUUGCUGCUCCAACGGCAUUUAUAUUUUUAGCCAUCAUCUACAUGUUUGUGAACAUAGCAUAUUUUGCUGUCGUUCCAAAGGAGGAGAUAGCAACUUCUGGAAGAAUUCUUGCAGCCUCUUUCUUCAAAUAUGCUUUUGGAGAUAAAGCAGAAAAGGCAAGCUCUGUCUUCGUUGCUUUAUCAGCACUUGGAAAUGUUCUCUCUGUCAUAUUUUCCCAAGGAAGAAUUGUACAGCAAUUAGGAAGAGAAGGGAGUCUUCCAUUUUCCAGAUUUUUUGCUAGUCUGAGACCCUUUAACACACCCUUUGUUGGUUUAAUGCAACACUGGAUAAUUUGUGUGAUUACAAUUGUGGCCCCGCCUCCAGGCGAUGCCUACAACUUUGUGUUGAAUUUGAUAUCAUAUCCGUUGAAUGUUGUUAACACGGUGCUAGCUAUUGGUUUAUUGUAUAUUCAGUGGAAAAAAUUCAAAGGGCAAAUUGAGUGGAACCCCCCAAUCAGGGCCACAAUACCUGUUACCAUAUUUUUUGCCUUGUCUUCUUUCUAUUUAAUUGUUGCUCCAUAUAUUCCACCUUCCGAUGGUCAAACAGUUUAUAUAGACUUGCCAUAUUGGAUUCACCCAGUUGUUACAUGGGGAAUUUUUGGAAUCGGUGCUGUAUAUUGGCUUGUAUGGACAAAAGCAUUGCCUUACUUCGGAGGAUAUGAAUUGGCUGUGAAAGAAAUCUUGGGAGAGGACGGCUUUUGGCGGAAUAAAAUUUAUAAGGUCGAUCCAUCUGAAGCCGAGGAUUCAUUCCGUGAUCCAUCUGUUAUUUCUAGCUCAUGA